CCGACAUCGACUCACUUCAACUCGACAUGCGUACUGCAUUUCUCUCGCUUUUCGCCAUCCUCACAGCAACCUUCGCUGUAGCGGAAAACAUAUACAUUCAGGUUGCCGGGCCCAACUAUUCCAUUAAAGACAACACGACCACUUUCUCGCCGCAACGCGUUACCGCGAAAGUCGGUGACAUCGUCUUUUUCAACUUUACGUCUGGAAAUCAUAGUGCGACGCAGUCAACAUUCGCCGCACCUUGCCAGCCCGCACACGACACGAAUAUCACAAUAAAUGGCUUUGACUCCGGUUUCCGCGACACUGCGAAUGGGACCGCCGUUACUGUCCUUUCAGUCCCCAUCCUUCCUUCCAACGUAAACACAACCAUGUGGUUCUACGAUACGGCCCCUGGUGCAUGCGGAUCCGGUGCGGUCGGCGUUAUCAACAGCAAUGAAAGCAGCCUGGAGACCCUUGCAGGCUUUGUGCGGAAUGCGGAUCGCCUGAAUGGUUCCUCCUCUAGUUCCUCCGCGACAGGAAAGUUAGGUUCCACCUCGACUGAGACUUCAUCAAGUGCGAGUAAUACCGACUCGUCCUCCGACGCUGAGAGCAUGCUUGCAAUUUCCAGCAUGCCGCUUGUACUUCUCGGUUUCGUGCUUGCGCUCCUUUAGGAGAUGGCAGGAAGAGUUGAAAGAACAUGCUUGUUUAGUCUGAUCGUCCGAAAUUAGACCGAAUGACGGAACGAGAAGAGAAGCAGACGAAAACUUCUGCUCAUAUACCUGUCUCAUUAAUAUCACCCUGUUCUGGACUCUUGGCUUUCACAACUGGCUGUAUACACGUUCUCUUCUUCUUUCUUCUUGUGCUACUUGUCUAAGUUGUUGUUGUCAUCUCUUUAUUUUGCAUACGUUUUAUCUGCUGUUUUGUAUGCUCCUCUCCUAUACAUGUUGCCUUCGCUUGUUUCAGCUGUUGCUUUACCAUUUGCUUAGUAGCCCAUCGGUGACAUUAAACGCGCCUACUGAGUUCCUU